AUGUCCUUCCUCGCCGUUCCUCUCCUGAAAUUCGCCCUACCCAAUGUCCCAAUACCCCCCGGCGUCGGCCCCGGCGCCGACAUCCAGUACCCACCAACGACCCCCGCCGAACCGACCCGCAAGGGCGCCAAGCUGUUCUCCAUGUUCAUAUCACUCGUGCGAUUCCUGCAGCUCGUCUUCGGUCUCACCGUGAUAGGGCUGUACGGCAGAGACGUGCAACACGACCACUCAACCACGGACUCCUGGAACUCGAAAUGGGUCUUCGCCCUCGUCACAGCCUUCCUAGCCACCAGCACGGCCGCCGUGCACAUGGUCCUGCCGUUCUGCAUGCGCCGCGUGAACUACCGGCCCGACGCGAAGCUGAAGCUGAAGCUGCCCCAGUUUGCGUGGGAGUUUGUCCUGUGUAUCCUGUGGUUGACGCUGUUUGGCAUCUUUGGCAAGAUGUAUAUCGGCGUGUACCCGUCUGCUGCGAAUGCGGAGGUUUCGGGGAAGCGCGAUACCAGCUCGAGCUCGAGCUCUAGCUCUAGCUCUAGCUCGGACACUAGCUCGGGGCUGGGGGAUGCGUCGAAGAUUAACCGCAUGCGCCAUGCGGUCUGGAUUGAUCUGGUGAAUCUGGUGAUGUGGGUGGUUACUGCGUCAUGGGUGUUGCUGCGCUGGCUGCAGAGUCGGCGUGCGGCUGCGGCUGCGGCGAUGGCGGAUGCGGAGAAGGGCGAGCAGAUGGAGGGGGGUCCAAUUUGA